GUAACUUGAGUGUUAAGUUAAAGAUGCAACUGAUGCAAUGAAUAAAAAUAUUCUUCAAAUAUAACCGAAUCAACUUUUUAAAUAAUUUAAAACAAGCACUUUGUUAUAUAAUUUUUAUAUGAGUUGAUAUUAUCGUUAUCUAGAAUAAUCAGAUGAACGUCAGAAGCUGCAAAGUGGGAGAAGAGCAGUAGCACGCGGUGUUUUACUUAUUAUAUGAAUUGCCUCUAUCAUACCUAUGCACCUCGUUAUAAGUCAGUUAGCUGCCAGCUCAGCAGUCUGCACUGUUCAGAUCUUUUUAUUGCAAUAUAAACUAUAUAGUGUUAACAUAUGCUGUUUUUAAAAUUAUCAUGAAUAUGAAGUUUGUGCAAUUUUAUUUUCUGUUUGGUAUUGUGUCAGCAUGCAGUGGAUAUAGAAUACUUGGUGCAUUUCCGUUCAAUGGAAAAAGUCAUCACAUUGUAUUUGAAGCGUUAAUGAAAGGUUUGGCGAAACAUGGCCACCAAGUAGACAUGAUCACGCACUUUCCAUUAAACAAACCGAUGAAAAAUUAUAAUGUUAUUAUCAAUCUUGCUGGAUCUAUGGAAAGUUUUGUCAACAACAUUACUAUUAAAUUUGCAUCGGAACUUUCGAACGAUAUGGUGAUACCAAUUGCAACUAUUUAUGGUAAUAGACUGUGCGAUUUUAUGGGUUUUGAAGAAAUGCAGAAACUGUUCAAGAACCCACCUACAGAUCCACCUUAUGAUCUUGUAAUCACGGAGGCAUUUGGAGCACACUGUUACAUGGGCCUCGGCUACGUUUUUGACGUACCAGUAGUUGCAGUAAUGUCAACAAUGGAAUACCCUUGGGUUAGCUACUUCACUGGGAAUAAUGAUAAUCUUGCUUUUGUUCCCAAUAUUUAUCACAUCGGUUCUGGAAGCAUGAGCUUUUGGGAGCGACUUAAAAAUGUAGCCAUUCAUUUUGCUAGCUUACGUAAGUUCCAUACACUUACUGAAGAAAUCCAAACACAAUCUAUGAGAAAGUACCUAAGGCCAGACAUACCUAACAUUAGAGAAGUAGAAAAAAAUGUAGCCCUAACUCUCGUAAACAAUCAUCCAGUAUUAUAUGGUGUUAAACCAAUAACUCCAGCAUUAGUGCAAAUAGCAGGUUUACACAUAGAAAGUAAUGAAGAAGUUUUGUCAUUGGAACUAAACAAAUGGAUGAAUGAUAGCUCACACGGCGUCGUAUGCUUUACUUUAGGGUCAAUGAUAUUAAUAGAAACUUUACCAAAAGAAACUUUAGAGGAAAUAUAUGAUUCUUUCAAAAAAAUAUCACCCAUCAGAAUUUUGAUGAAAAUAGCUGAUAAUUCUAAACUGCCACCAGGCCUGCCAGAAAAUGUAAAAGUUUCGUCUUGGAUACCACAGCAAGCUGUUCUCGCUCAUCCAAAUACGAAAAUAUUUAUAACUCAUGGAGGGCUGGGUGGAGUGCAAGAAGCCUUGUACUACGGAGUCCCUAUGAUUGGAAUACCUUUAUUCAAUGAUCAGAAAAAAAAUACGGAAGUUUUUGUUGCUAAACAAAUGAUGAUUAAAAUCGAUUUUGAUAAACUUUCGGGUAAAUUACUGGAAUCAGCACUUCAAGCUAUGCUCCACAAUCCUAUUUACAAGGAAAAAAGCAUGCACUAUUCAAAACUCUUCCGGAGUCGACCAAUCAGCCCACUGAAUAAUGCAAUUUAUUGGAUUGAAUAUGUGAUCCAGAACGGUGCAGAUUCUUUGAGAUCACCAGCAUUACAAUUUUCUUGGUGGCAGCUAGCACUGCUAGACGUUUACGGUUUCAUACUUCUAGUCAUUAUUUUAAGUAAAAUCCUGGCAGUUCUAAGUAUUAAGCUCAUUUUUACAAAAAUAAUCGGCAAAUCAAACAAUUCGAAGUUAAAUAAGAAAAAGACGCAUUGAUAAAAGCGUGCGUGACAUUGAAGUUAAUAUUUAGUAAUUGAUACUGCGAUACCUUUUUAUUGUAUUGCUUCAUAAUAGCUGUGAAUAAUUCUACAAACAUGUAAUCUUAUUGUUUCAAGGGCCGCCAUAAAGGCCCUUGAAGUCCUGAAAUAAAUAAAUUAUUAUAAGUACACAUGAGAA